AUGAAGCUCGGCGCUGCGAUCGAAACGGUAUGUAGGAACGAGGAGGGACCUUUGCUAGCACCACUCGUUGCUGCAGUUCGCGACGGUCCCACCACAAUCCAAUUCGGCCAAUCCAUACCCACAAAGGCCUCCGAAAUGUCGUUUUUCGGUAAAAUGAAAAACCUCUUUCGGAGUCCCGCUAUAGAGGAGUCAAGAAGACCAGUGCCAUCGAUUAUUGAGGUGAAUGUCAAUCCAAAGGAAUUCUGGGAUAUAGUUGGAGAACUAGGCGAUGGUGCCUUCGGAAAAGUCGAGAAGGCAGUUUCAAAAUCGGACAAAAACCUCUAUGCAGCAGCUAAGGCAAUUGAAGUCCAGGAAGGAGAACAACUCGAGGAUUUUCUUGUUGAAAUCGAAAUUCUGACUUCAUGCAAGCACACCAACAUUGUCGGCCUCUACGCAUGUUAUUUCUGUGAGAACAAGCUCCAUAUGAUGUUAGAGUUUUGCGGUGGAGGCGCUGUCGAUGCAAUUAUGAUAGAGUUGGAGAAAGCCCUCACUGAGAAACAAAUUGCUUAUAUUGGAAGGUACACAUGCGAAGCUGUAGCAUUCCUCCAUGACAAUAACGUCAUCCAUCGUGACCUAAAAGCGGGUAAUAUUCUUCUAACUAAUGAUGGAGUCGUUAAACUGGCGGAUUUUGGUGUUUCUGCAAAACUCAAAGAUCGGAAUGAAAAAAGAGAUACCUUCAUUGGAACACCUUAUUGGAUGGCUCCUGAAGUUAUGAUGUGUGAAACAUUCAAAGAUCAACCAUACGAUACUAGGUCUGACAUUUGGUCUUUUGGUAUUACACUGAUCGAGAUGGCUCAGAUGGAACCUCCCCAUUCCAACGUGUCACCAAUGCGUGUUUUAAUAAAAGUGCAAAAGUCAGCUCCUCCCACGCUUUUGAACCCUUCAAGUUGGUCUAUCUUUUUCGCCGACUUUCUCUCCCAGUGUUUGGUAAAGAAUCCUUUGGAGCGACGAACUGCUAAACAGUUAUUGUCGCACCCAUUCAUUGCAAAUGCAACCGACCGUCAUCCUGUAUUAGCUUUGCUAGCAGAAGUUAACGCAGACAUAGAAGAAGAGGUCAUUAUUGACGAUGAUCGCGCAAGCUGCGAUGAAAGCUGCGCGGAUUCCGAAGAUCAAGCAUCAGAAGACGCGGCUUGGGCGAGUUCUGCAUUAAUUCCGCAAUAUAAUGAGCAAGUGCUACAAAUCGGUGAUAUCCCAUCGAAGAAAAGAGCUGCUCCUCCUCCACCUCCUUCUGUUGGACCUGUGCCGCCUUCUCCUAUGUACGUGGAGCAGUCGAAUAAUGUUAAAGAUCCAAAUAAGGAGCUUUUCGUUCAGGCAUCGACCCCGUUCCACGCUGUCGAGGGAACCAGUGAUUUUGUAAGCCCUGGACGCGAAGCUCUCAAUAUUUUGGAGGAUUUGAAUUCUGCCCUGGAUAAACAGAACUCGUCCUCACUUGCUAAUAUUAGCGAUGAUGUCUCAAAUCGGGAGCCGUCUGCAAUCCCUAUUGAUUCUGUACAUGCUACCGAAGUAACUGUACAUAGCCCUGUUCCUCAACAUAAAAUCAAGGAUGUUGUUGGUGCCGCACGUGCAGCGACAAAAUCUCCAAGUCCUCUUUUAAGCAAAACUGUUGAUCGAAAUAAGCAUUCCACUAAUUCAUCCGAGAAUGUCUACGGUCAGGAAUCCUUGAGUAAAACUGAGUUACAGCAAGGUGGGCAAGACACAGCAGUGAUCGCAGUUGGAACUGAUGUCCCUUAUGUACCUCUGUCGACUAUAAUUGGAUCUCGGGAUGUUAGAUACGGCGUUCAAAAGAGAAGCGAUGUUAUUGGGAAAGGUCCAGCAGAAAGCGCCCCUACUGCUGUGGAAACCCGAGCGGGAAGCGUGCAUCCCUCAUCUCGAACAUCGAGUCCAGCUUCUGCGCUUCCGCCUUCGGCAGGACUUCAAGCAAGAAAUCAACUAAACCAGGCUCUUCAGGAAACAACAAGAACUAAGUCUUUAAGUCGUACUGGUUCCCUCCGAGGAUUACCUUCAUUGCAACAAGGUACGACAUCAAGCUCUCCAUCAUCUCCUGGUGUUCAGAAAUCGAAAACUGAACCACCACUACAUUACGCACUAUUUUCGUCUGGCAAAGAGUCGCCUUGUAGUGUAAAGGAGUACAACUAUUUUGAACAAUUCCCGGCUGGGCCAAGUACAGAUGAUGAAUAUUUCGUAGCUCCUUCUUCGGUUGGUAAAAAGACGCCCCCACCUGAACCCCCUGUUGAUUACAACGACCAACACUCCAAAGAAAACACUUCUCCAGCAUCCUUGCACAACGGCGCUGUGUUCCCAUCUAUUUCUCAGGACCUUGCUAAAACCCAAGAGGCCGUCAAGCAUCGUUUUGCUAAAGAAUCUAAUGAUGCUGGGCUGGGAGUGAGAAAGCAUCCGCAUAGACAGACCGUGACAAAGAAAACUAGAACGUACACCAUCGAUGGAAUGCAAGUUACUUCCACAACCAUGCAUGUUCUUGGUGCUAAAGAAGACAUGCAGAUGAGGAAACAACAACUGCAAGAUCUGCGUCGACUCCAACGUGAGGAAGUUCGUCAGAAACAGAAACUGCAACUUGAAGGAUCUAAUUUGGUUGAGCAACAAGAGAGGAAAUUCCAACAAGAGAAGGCUAUCCUCACAAAACAAUAUGAAAUUGAUAUGGAAGCUAUGGAACGAAAGCAGAAGCGAGAAAUCGAAGAGGCAGAGAAACUGCAGGAGGAGGAGAUGAAACAGGCUCAAAAACGACUGAAAUAUGAACAGGAAAAGGAUCUGCGUGCAUUCAAAGACCGGCUGAAGCAGGAGAUGAAAAUAAUGAAACAGGAAAUGGACAUGCUUCCUCGCCAGCAAAGGAAAGACGCACUGAGGAUGAAGAAAGAUCAAAUGGAGCACGAAAAUCACAUUAAGGAAGCUGAUUUUGUUUUGCAACUGCAGAAGAACGCGGAUGCAACGCUUGCACGCAUGACUCAGAAGCAUAAGGAGAAAAUGGCUGCUCUGGAGCGUCAAUUCUUGAUGCAGAAACAUUUACUCCUGAGAGCGAAGGAGAACAGCGACUGGGAAUUGGAGGAGAAACAGAUGGGAGAAAAAUAUGUGAUGCACCGGAAGUUAUUCAAAGACGAAUACUUUUUACUUCGUACGCAGAUGCUGGCAAGACAUCAGAAAGAGUUGGCUCAAGCACAAAAGAUCAACCAGGAGGAAGAGGAUGAGCUCGUUCGAGCGCUUGCCAUAGAUCGCAAGAAACUCCCAAAAAUGCUCCGAAAUGAGGCAAAAACAAGAAGUGUCAUGUUCAAGGAAAGUCUUCGCAUCAGCAUGCAGACCAUGACUCCCGCAGAAAUGAGCGAAAAGCUAAGACGUUUCGAUGAGCACGAAAACAUGCGAAUCAGGAACGCUUUAGAGGAACAUGACUUGAAGAGUGCUAGGAAAAUUGCACAGUUAAAAGAGAAGCAUCAACAAGCAAUGAAUGAACUAGAUGAAAUGCAAAAUGAAAAAAGAAAGCAACUGUUGGAAAAGGAGCGUAAUACUAUGCAGGAACAUGAGAAAAAAUACUUCAGCAUGAGGGAACAGUGGCAAGCAGAUUUGGCUCCGAGGAAAUUGAUGUUGGAAAGCCGAUUCCAAGAGGAAAUGGAAGCGCAAGAAAGGUUCUACGGUAUUUCUCUCGGUGGAACAAUAGCUUCGACCCCCAUAAUCCCAGCUCGCAUUCAUUGA